UAAUUAAUGAUUUCGACGGUUGAAUCCGUAGCCUCCUCUAAAACACACACUCUCUCUCUCUUUCUGUAAAAACCCCCCUCUCCAACUCCAACCAUCGUUGCAUUCAAUUGAAGGCUUCACCCACUUCCUUCCAAGACACUUCUUAACUUGGGCUUCUUGAUUUUUCACAUAAAUACAUAUAUUAAUCUCUCUCUGUGCGUGUAUAUAUAUAUAUAUAUUGUCUGAGAUUUCAAUUCGAGCGAGAGAAGAUAGAAUGGCGAGUGGAGAUCUGGAGAGCAGAGCAGGCACGAAGAGCAGAGGCAACAACACCUACCCACCAACAUCUUCUCCAUACUAUGUAGAGUCCAAAGAAACUCAAUGGACUUCAUGGUUGGUCCCUAUGAUUGUGGUGGCCAAUAUUGCUAUGUUCGUGGUUAUCAUGUAUGUUAAUAAUUGCCCCAAGAACAACUUCGAACGUGAUUGCGUGGCUAAGUUUCUUGGGAGAUUAUCUUUUGAGCCUCUCAGAGACAACCCUCUCUUUGGCCCAUCUUCUUCAACAUUGGAAAAACUGGGAGCUCUAGAAUGGAACAAGGUAGUUCAUGGAGAUCAAACAUGGAGACUUAUCACUUGUAUCUGGUUGCAUGCUGGUGUUAUUCAUUUACUUGCAAACAUGUUGAGCUUGGUGUUCAUUGGGAUUCGCCUUGAACAGCAAUUUGGGUUUGUGCGGGUUGGGUUAAUCUACCUGUUAUCAGGAUUUGGCGGGAGCAUACUAUCUUCUCUUUUCAUUCAACGUAGCAUCUCUGUUGGUGCUUCUGGUGCUCUAUUUGGGCUUCUUGGUGCAAUGUUAUCGGAGCUUCUUACUAACUGGACUAUUUAUACCAAUAAGGCUGCAGCUCUGUUUACACUUGUGGUCAUCAUUGUUAUUAACUUAGCAGUUGGAAUUCUUCCUCAUGUUGACAACUUUGCACACAUUGGAGGAUUCAUGUCUGGUUUCCUCCUCGGCUUUAUAUUGCUACCCCGUCCCCAAUUUGGUUGGUUGGAGCGCCGGCAUCUUCCAGCCAAUGCUACUGUGAAGUCCAAGUACACUGUUUACCAAUAUGUAUAUUGGGUGGUUGCACUUGUUUUACUGGUUCUUGGAUUUACUGUUGGAUUGGUGAUGCUUUUUAGAGGAGAGAAUGCAAACGACAAAUGCAGCUGGUGCCAUUACCUAAGCUGCGUGCCUACUUCAAGAUGGAAAUGUAAUAAUUGAUCAGAGAGUUCGCAGCAGAUUUCAUUUUCAUUUGUGGCCUUCAUCUCUAUCUGAUUAUUUUCUCUCUCUUUCGAAUUAUUUUUUAUAUGAUUAUUUCAUUGGUAUGCGAUUGUGUAUAUGCAUAGUUUCUAGAAACUGCUUUUGUUCUGUUUGGACAUCAAAAAAAGGUUUUCUUAUAUAAACUUACAUGGAUAUCUUCCCAUUACUAAUACUAAUUACCAUUUCCUUGGAA